AACCAUUUGUUUUCUUCCCAAACCAGGAUUUCCCAUUCCCAAACCUUGAUUGGAUGGAGAAGGAGGCUGUGAGGAAGAGGAAGGAGCCCCGGGACACCCAGAUAGGGAAGGAACUGAGGAUGGAGACCAGGGAGGAAAAAUCUGCAUGGCAGAACCUCGUGAAAGAGACUGUUUUGAGUGAUUCUAGCACACAGGAAUCCAACAGGGAAGAAAAACCUCAGGAAUCCCCCAUGAGGAGGGGCUCCAAACCCAGCCCAGGGUGCUCUGAAGAAGAAAGAGCCACCCUGAGCGAGGAAGGUGGGCAGACCUUCAGCCAGAGUUCAGAGCUGGUGGUCCAUAAAAAGCUUCAUGAUGGGGAGAAGCCCCACAAGUGCUUGCAGUGCCGUUCGGGUGGGGGAGGCAGCAGGCUCGGCUCGCUCUCUCUGCGGGGGGUGGCGGGCUUAGCUCACGUUCCCUACGGGGGGGCGGCAGGCUCAGCUCGCGUUCCCUACGGGGGGGGCAGCGGGCUCUGCUUGCGUUCCCCGCGAUCCACCAACUUGUCCUCCUCCUCCGACAGAGGAGGUGCAGACAGCCCCCCCCGCGCCUGUAACAAGAUCCUCCAUACCACACUGUUGUGA